GAAGUGCCUCAAUAUCUGCCAAAUAUGAGCGCUCUGUCAAUGAUAGCUGCACUGUGCCUCAUGUAGCUCGUCUCGACCAUGAAUAUGUAGUAGAAGCGCCGGUUACCUAUCUACUUAGGUAGGUUUCUCGCUAGCCCUACACAUUAAAAGCUUGGGCCCCACAUCAGUGAUGUUGAAGGGGGCAUCAGGGGUCCUGCACUCGGAUACAAAUGCUACCUUGCUCCAAUUAUACACCAUAUUUCCAAUCCCCCGGACUUGCAGAAAUUGAUGUAACUUAAGGUGCUGCAAUCUAUUCUCAAUUGAAAGAACUGCGAUUAACUCUAAGAAGGUAGCAAUGAUUAAUUAUAAUUUUCUAUCGAAAACGACGUGGCUGAAUGGCCCCGAACGCCUCUCCUGUUCAGCAUGCCAUUAUUUAGCGCCGGCAACAUUACCAUUUCUAGACACAGGCAGGGCCGGGAUAAAUGACUGUAGCCACAAGCCAACAUGCUACAACAAAGGACAUUCUUGCCGAAAGCUCCUUGUAUCUGUAGCUCUUCAUCUGUUUCCUCCAAAAUUUCAAGUCAUUAAUUCCUACACCACCAAUUCAGAAAAUUGAUGCCACUUUCUUGAACACACGAUCGUCGGUAAUCUUCAAACAUGGUAUUUGCUUCUAUGAAAACACAAUAUUUUCCACCUGCUCCUACCUUCACAGAGAAAGAUGUCGGCGCGCAAACAGGCAAGGUCUUUAUCAUCACGGGUGGCAAUCAAGGCGUUGGUUUUGAGCUUAUAAAGAUGCUGUACCCUACCGGUGCCACCGUCUAUAUGGCUAGUCGCUCCGAAGAGCGAGCCGCAGAAGCGACCAAGAUAAUCACAUCAAGUGACCCAUCUAAUGCCUCGCGCCUCAAAUUUCUCCAUCUCGAUUUAAGCGAUUUGAACAGCGUUCGGAGCGCUGCCCAAAAAUUCGCCAAGCAAAAGACGCGCCUAGAUAUCUUGUUGAACAACGCUGGUGUUGGUGGCGAGCCGGUAGGGUCGAAGACAAAGCAAGGAAUUGAGCUUCAUAUAGGAGUAAACGUCAUUGCUCCGCUGCUUCUGACCCAGCUUCUUCACCCACAGCUUCGCACAGCUGCUACAUCCUCACCAAAAGCCAGCGUCAGAGUCAUCUGGACAAGUUCUUGGAUGAUCGAAUGUGAUCAUUUCAACGAAACGAGUAAGCGCUACGGUAAAGAUAGCGUUAUCAGCGUAAGUUAUAUUCAUUCCACUGGCAGAGUCCCCACCCCCUCUCCCCAGACAGAAGUUUCUACCUAGAAUUGGAAUUUCUUCCAUUUCGGUUUAAGCAUCAUAAAUUAUCGAGAUGGCGAUGCUGACCUUGAUUUCGUUAGGUGGUGCAAAACCCAGGCAACUUGCAGACAAAUAUCUAUCACACGCAGAGCAGGCUCAUGAUGUUGUUUGUGAACAGGAUUUUGUACCCCCCAAAAAUGGGAGCUUACACAACGCUAUUUGCAGGUUUGAGCAAGGAGAUAACGGAGGCCAACCAAGGUUCUUACAUCAUACCAUGGGGGAGAGUGCAAGAGAUCAAUCCUAGGAAGGAUAUCUAUGAGGUCAUUGAGAAGGGCAAGGGAAAAGAGCUGUGGGAAUGGUGUGAGAAGCAGAUCAAAGCAAAUCGUGAUACAACCAACAAGUUGGUUGUAUGCAUGCAACUAGAGAACAUUGAAGAUUGCAUUGCAAUGAUUGCAUAGCCACCCUGACUUCCCAAACAUACUAGUCAGAAAAACUGGAGGUAACCAUACUGCCUCUCUACCCAGAACACAAUCAUAAACAGCUUGGGCUGGGUAAAGUACCGGAAGUAGCCAUUCAACUCAUAGUUCUCGGUGACAUUUCCUUCACUGGUAGGUUUCGACACGCAAUCUCUGAAUGUACA